AUGUCUUCCUACCUCGAGGCCUUCAGCAAGUGGUUCAAGCUCAAGAUUUACCAGCUUGAGGUUACCAUGAGCGUGUACAUCUUUACGCCUAUUGAGAAGUUCAUCUUUUACUCAGUCCUCUUCCUCCUCGUCUCCCUCACCUUCAUCGCCACCUUCCUCUACCUCCCGCAUCACGUGCAAUUCAUCGCCCGCCGCGCCUGGUUCUACAUGCACGGCGACACCCAGGACUCGAUCCUCGAUGUUGUUUCCAACGCCGUUACCGUCACCAAGAGCGCGUUGCUGGGGUCGGAGAAGACUGUGGAAGCCUUGGGCAGGGCGGCGGAUGCUACAGUGGGGAUUGUUAGGGAACUCUAA